UCGACCCUGAGGAACUCGGCCUCCAAAAUCCUCAGAUUUCAAUCCAAUUUGACAUCUGUGGGAUGCCGCUGGAAAAACAAGUCUGAUCCAUGGUGAAGGCUUCUCGUCAUCUGCUGCUGUUGACGUCUGAACACUUUCGUGCCUCGACGGGUUAAAGAGGGACAUCGGGCAGCGGGUUUUAGUGCUGAUCAGUGUACACAAACAUAGAUAAUUGUUAAAGCUUUCUUUCCCUCUGAGGGAGCAGAUUAGCACCUGCUGACCUGGCCAGAGGGAGAAACAGGAAGUGUUGACUUUCAGCGGCAUGUAAACUGGGUCAAGACAUGUCAGGAGGAAGAGGAGGAGGACAAACACAAAGAAAAGUAGAAUGAAGAUAACUAUAAGGAGAAAAAUAGAAUAUUUACCACUUCCACCUGUUCAGAUAUGACAAUGAUGAAUAAUAGUACCCAAACUGUAAGUCACACAAGAGAUUAGCUUUUAGAUUUUUUUCCCCCACAUAGUGAUGUAAUUUUACAAAAAAUAAAUACAAUUCAAUAAUGCAAUAAAAAGUCUAACAUAUGGGUAGUAAAAAUACAGACUUUUUGUUUCUAAGAUGCAAUUUCAAAAUAAUUAUAUACAUAUAAAUAAUAUGUGGAAUUGUACAUAAAAGUUAUAUAGACAACAUUUUGUUGCACAUGAAAAGUUAGAAAGACAAAGCCAGUGUUACCGUAUGUGUUGUGGCAUUUAAGAGCUGUACAGAAAACCUUUAUUUUGUAUAUUUUUUAAUUCUAUUUUGUAAUUUCUUUAUCAUUUUAUCUCUUAUCAAGUGGAUUAAGUGAGUCCUAGAGGGAAGACCUAAAGUAAAACUAAAAGAAAUAAAAGAAAAUGGAUCAUUUUAUUUUUUUUUAAUAGCUUCAGCUUCAUUGUUUUCUAUAAGGUUCUGUUCAUUUCUCUUUAAACAGAUGGUAAUUUUUGAGGAAACCGAGGAGUUAGAAGUUCUUAUUCUGUAUUUGUAUUCCAAUACCAGGAGUUAAGUUGAUUAUUUUCCUAUACAUGCUUGGAAACCCUCCAUUUCUCUUGCAGAAUAUCUCACAGAAACUACUUAAAUGUCACAAGCAGCUUUUGUUUAUUCUGGAAACUGCUGCAUUUAAUAUAAAUAAUGCCUUUUUUAAAACCACCGCUCCCACUACUGGGUGUAGAAGAGCCCUGCAGUGCUCAGGUCGUGCUGAACUCAUGAAUCUAUCCACUUGCUUCAAAGAGGAUUACCGCUCCUUCUGCCUAGCUUAGUUACCUCAAAUUAGGAUGAGGGUAAGGAGAGGUCUGCUGUCUGCAGCGGCCAUCUGUCUGCCGGGUGGACAGUCGAGCGCUCACUGCUGCUGUAAAUGGAGACGAGGCUCGAGUUGGAUGUUCUGAUUUACCCAGAUGAAGUGAGGGUUGCUACCCCGGAGGAUCUGAGGGAGUGGGAUCUGGAGACGGCCAGCCAGGUGUCCAUACCCACCGUCCGGCUGUUUGUGGCUCUUUACCCCUACAACCCUGCUGCCAUGUCUCCCAACCAUGAGACAGCUGCAGAGGAGCUGCCCUUCGUGCCAGGCCAGAUAAUCAAGGUGUUUGGGGACACAGAUGCUGAUGGUUUCUAUCACGGUGAGUCCGGUGGUCUCUCCGGUUAUGUGCCAAGCAACAUGGUGGCUGAAAUCCCCGUGGACGACGAGUACCUGAAGCAUUUACUCAUGCAGCAGGGAUUCCUCCCCGUCGACCACACAGGUAUGUCUCUAACGCCAAGUCUGAGCGACAUGGCCAGUAUCCCCGACGAUGUGGUUGUUCGACGAAUGGUGGCCUUAUUCGACUACGAUCCGUGGGAGAGUUCGCCCAACAUGGACAGUGAAGUUGAACUCGGCUUUCGAUCCGGAGACAUCAUUUAUGUGCUGGGUAACAUGGACCAGGAUGGAUUUUACUAUGGCGACCUGCACGGACGGCGAGGUUUGGUUCCGUCGAACUUUCUGCAGCCGUUACCCUGGGAGUAGAAGAAAACGCCGCGCUAAGAUGUUUGCUACAAAUGCCAAGUCUCAGACACAGUGAGAUAUCAGCUAAUUUUAUUUGAAGAAUAGCUAAAAGGACAUUUUAUGUGUCAAAAAAUAUGUAUUUUUUAUUUUUAUACUAUAGUAUGGCUCAGCAUCUGCUUUAGAUCGCGAGUAAAUGAGGCUAAUGACCCCAGUGUUACCAGCAAUGAUCAUAAUGCUGCAAAUCAUUGUCAGAUAUUUUCUUGAAUGAAAAAAAUUUAACAAAAAAUUGCAAAUCUUUUUCUACUAAAAAAUAUAAAAAUACAUAAAUUGCAUAUAUUUUAAAAAUCAAACACUAUGUUAAAAAAACAUUUCACUGUAAUUUUGUUUCCUCUUUCUGGGCUUUCACAAAAAGCAAUGAUGGAAUUAACAAAAUAAAAUACCUGAUGGCAACGGAUAGAAUAUUUUAGCCUUAAUAAUCCACUUUAAAUCUCAGAGUUUUACAGACCACACUAUUAAUGUAGUAUGUCCAUUUUUGCCUUAUAUGCUACUUACAUAUUUUCUACAAUGGGCUCAUUUCAUAUUCUUUUGUUUUUGAGUUUUGUAGCAAUUUUUAAGCAAAAAAAAAAUCACAACAGAAACUUUGUAUUCAGGAAACAAUUAGUGUUUUAAUCAUGCAGAAAGUGGAAGGCAGAAACUGACAAUAAAACAUCUUGAAUUCUUA